UUAUUGUAAUGAUGUUUCCCAUACUAGUUGUAAUUUUUGUCGAGUGCUUAACAUCCUCAGUAUCAGGGACAUGUUGUGUACCUCCUGUUUUUCAAACAGAAAUGGAUGUUACCGGUGGCUUGAUUAAUUUACAGACAAACCACAAAGAGUUCUUUGACAGAAGAGUCCAUUUGUACUUUGAUUAUCACAGAAAAAUGACGCGAACUGAUACGAUUGUAACCUUGAGUGAGAAUAUGACCUUCACACACACUGAGAUUGUGGAUUAUCACCAUGGUAAAACUUAUAAAAUAGAUCUAGGACGAUGUUCUGUAGAGAAACUGACGGUACCAAUACAAGAUCAAUGUAUACCAAAUGAUGCACACCUGAUUGCGCAACGAUCAAUUGGGCCGCCGGAUAACAAUUUAGAAGUUCAGAUCUGGAAAUAUGUAAUACCCAGUACCAAUGUGACAGUUGUUCGCUCUGUAACUACACCAGAUUGCUGGCCGGUUUCACAGAUUGAGUAUGGAACAUUUGAAGGAGGUUACACUGCUAUGUCAUAUACCACAGCAGAUAUCAGUAUACACCCAUACUCUGAGUCAGUGAUGACACGACCAAAACAUUGUCAUUAAUACGUACAUGAUGACCAGAAACUGUUAUAUAGGGCUUACUUAUUUAUAAAAUAUAAAUUAUGUUGUGAAAAUCGUUGAGAUUAUUUCAUUAUAUGAAGUUGUCAUCGCAAUAUGAGGGAGAUUAUACCCAAAUGGAAAAAAAUAGCAAGUAGAAAAUUAUUGAAGAGAAAUGCAAUUUGUAUACAAAAUCAUUUUCUUUUCAAUUAUGGGGAAAUACACAAUUUUUGUGUUUUGGAAAUUAUAGAAAAGAACAUGCACUAAUGUUUUAAUCAUAGUUUCUAAAAAUCACUUCAUUUCAACUCACUUGGAUAUUUGUCUCAUUGGAAAUCAUACCAGAU